AGAAUUCACGUUUCGUCAUAUCUACUGUGAACGAAGCCGAUUCUAUGCGGGAAGCUAUAGCCGCAAUUGAUUUGAAGGAAACUAAUCUAAAAGAAACUGUGGAAGCUGCAACUAAUGAAAUACUGCUUUCGAAAACAGAUACUGUACAAUUACUCAAGUCCGCCGGUGAGGAUAUUAAUCUUAAAAUUGAGAAAAAAUUGGAUUCGAUCGAGAAAACUGGAAGUGAUAUUAUAAAUGACAUAGAGCUCAAAGCAGAAAAAGUUAGAGAUCAGAUUAAAGCAGACGCAGAUGCAAAAGCAGAGGAUUGUAUAACAUUCAUUAGAAAAAGAAAGUCUUCAGCUUGCGAUGAAAUAGAAAACGUGAAGAAAACUGCAAUGGAGCGUAUUACAGAUACUGCAGAAACUGUUUCAAAAAAUUUGGAGACAGCGGUUGCAUCGACAUCACAACGGAUUGUUGAAAUGGAAGAGCAAGUUACCGACACAAAGAAGGAAAUUUUGGAAGAACUUCAACAUAGCAAAUUAACUUACGUGCAAAGUAAAGAGGCUUUCAGAAGACGCUUGAUAGAAAUGUAUAUUGAAAAUGUUGUAAACAUUUCACCAAUCCUUCUCCAGCCAGAACGCUGUGAUGUACGUAUUGAUCAAGUUUAUAUUGAUCCAUUGAUAAAAAUAAUUCCUAAAGAUAAAAAUAAAAAAUAUGAACGCAUUCAAUCAUAUCAGCAAAUAUUAAGAAAGGACGGCAAGCAGCAGAAAUCAAUUUAUCUGAUCGGAGAGGCGGGGUCCGGGAAAAGUACAUUCUGCAUAAAUAUGAUAAAUAAUUGGUGCGAAGCACAUUCUGAUAAUGAAGCAGAGGAAACAAUGAAUAUACAAGAAAUGAAACGAUACCAGUUCUUAUUUUACUUACCACUGCGUCACGAGGAUACUUAUGAUCACGUUGAGGAAAUGAUACUUUCUCAUUAUGAUGACCCAGUCAUAAUAACAAUCUUUGAACAGGAGCCAGAAUGCUGCCUUAUUUUGCUGGAUGGACUUGACGAAUGGAUACUCAAGACAGAACCAAAAACUUCUCUAUUUCAAAGUAAAGGACUUCCACGACGUAAUCUGAGCAAAGGUUAUACUAUCAUAACAACUUCAAGACCAUGGAAGUUUGAAAGUAUUGGCUUGAAAAAUGCUGAAAUUCAAAUAAAACUUCAACUAUGUGGUGUUGAUAAUCAAAAAACAAUGAUAGAAAAAACAAUAGGUGCACUUAACGAAAUGUUUCAUACUAAGAAAAAUACAUACGGCUUUCAGAACUGCUUAUUAAAUUCUAAAAUAGACAAUGAAAUGAAGUCUGUACCAAUAAUCCUGCAACAGCUAAUUUGUCUCUGGUUUGACAAUAAAUUAAGUUGCCUUGGAAAAAGCGAUAUAUACAGUCAAAUGUUAGGGAUGUUUUUUGAAUGGACAGAUCUUCGCACUGGUAAUGAAGAUGUUUUAAGCGGUUUAAGAGAUAAAUUAUCGAAUAUAGACAUUAUUUAUAUACCAGAUCAAUUUAAUUAUCGGGAACUUUGUCCAGAACUGAAAUUUGUCAUAAAAAACAUUGCUCAUUUGGCAUACGCAACCCUGCUCACGACAAGAAAAGAAUCAUCUCUAAUAUUUGACGAUUCAACAUUCAAAAACCUUAACAUCCAUAAUGAAGUCAUUGUUUAUAGUCUGAAGACUGGUAUUAUUUCGAAGCAACGUGCCGUCGGUCUUAGUUUAAGCAGACGGCAACUGUUAUCUUUCUCCUUUGUUCACAAGUCCAUGCAAGAGUUUUUAUGUGCUCUACAUAUAUUCAUUGAAUUUAAACGAAGUGCUCCAAAGCUUUUUAAGCCUUUUCUUUUGUCAACAAUAGACAAAAACUUAGAAUGCUUCAAGAAGUAUUUUGAAGAUUGCAAAACAACAAUCGACAUCUUAGACCUAUCAAAUGUUUUCAUGUUCCUAUGCGGCUUUGAUACAUAUCUUGCUGUGUAUAUUUCAAAGUUUGUGUACAACAUUGUUCUUAAAGACCAGGCUAUUAUCAAUUAUCGGACAAGUAUUUCUUACUGGCCUUUUGAACCCGAUAAAAGGUCAUUUCUUACUACAGUCGAAUGCUUGGAAGGUCACCAGGAAUACGCAUUAGACAUACAAAAUAUUUUGUUUUCUUUUAUAAAAGAAGCAAAUAUGCACGAUGAAAAGCCCGGAAGAUUAUUUUUUCUGUCAGAUUUUGUGUAUCUACCUUUGUAUACGGUUGAUGUUGAAUCGAUAAAAUAUGUCAACCCUGACUUGAUUAUAUCUCUAAAUAUUGAUAUUUCGGGCUCCCCUUUACCGCGGUUAAUUUUCGAAUUCCUUAAAGAUCCAUUUCUCAGUACAAAAAUGUCAACAUUGAAAUUACGGGUGUCUAGUCCUAGUGUAUACGAUCUUCAAUUAGAUACAACUUUACAAUGUAUAAUAAAAAGAAGCAGAAGCUUCUUGACAUGCCUAUCAUUCAAAGGAAAUGGAGCUACUAACAUGUAUUUUCCGACCUCAAUGCGUUCUGUAACAAAACUAUUAAUUUCGGUUUUACCAAAUAUGAACAAACUUGAAGCAAUUAAACUUGAGAACAUUAGACUAACAUUUCCUGAAAAAAUAAAACUAAGUAAGUGGCUAAGCAGUGCUAAAUACUUGCGUCAAAUAUCCUUACGUAAAAUAUCGGAUAAUCCAGAUGGCACAUUGUUUUAUCCAGACUCUCAUAACAUUGAUUUAUCUCAACACCGUGAGCUGCAAGUUUUAGAUUAUGACUUUAAUACAAUAGCAAUGACCGAGUUUAGCGUUCAGAACCUUGAAACUUGUUACUUUUACCUAAGAAGUAACUUCAUUUCAGAAAGUGUUUGUACGGUAUUAAAACGAUCAAAAAAACUAAAAUGUCUAUAUUUGACAGGAAAAUGGCUUUAUCUACACAAAGAGAAAGUGACAAAAAUUAUUCAAAAUUUGCUUUCAAAUUUGAUUGAUUUAAAGCAGCUACAUUUAGAAAAGUUUUGUUUCAGUGAAAACAUUCUUGUAGAUCCAAUGAAAAUGCAGAAUCUUAGAGAAAUAACGCUGAAAGAGAUUAAUAUGAGUGCAGGUUCUUGGAACUGUUUACUGGAAAGUGUUUUACGUUUACCCCAAAAUGUAAACGUUUGCAUUCAAUAUUCAUCCGAGCAAAGUUUGUACAUUAUACAGGAAAGAAAGGAUCAUCUGCAUAACUUAAAAUCAGGCUAUAGCUAUGUGAUAUUUUCUACGAAGCCUUAAGAUCCGUAAAAUAAGUAGUCAAAUGCUUGAUGUGUUCCGGUCAAAUCUAAAGUAUUAAUAAUUUACCAUGGGACUUGAAGGACAACAUUGAAUAAAAUCAUAUGUCCUGAUAUAUAUCAAUUUUGUUGUGUAACAAGUUCACUGUACAGUCAUUUAAGAGUACCAAUGGUACUAAAGUCAACUAAUGAAUUCAUUAUUAAUUCAUUAUUAAUGUUGUAAAUAAAUAAAGGUUA